AUGAUGGUUAGGUGCAAGAUACCACAACUUUGCACCGAGGAUGGAGCGAGGGUGGUGGUGACAGACUACGGUGAAGGGGACAAGACAGACUUCAUUCUAAGCACCCGUGCCUACGCAAGGCUGGCUCGUCCUGACGUAGCCUCGGAGUUGUUUGCUUAUGGUGUGGUUGACAUAGAAUACCGGAGAAUUUCUUGCCAGUACCCAGGUUACAAUCUCAUGGUCAAGGUCCAUGAGAACAGCAGGUUUCCUGAUUACCUAGCCAUUAUCAUCUUGUACCAAGCUGGCCAAAAUGACAUCACUGCGGUUGAAGUGUGGCAGGUGGAUUGUCAGCAAUGGAGGGGCUUGAGAAAUGCCUAUGGUGCAGUGUGGGACAUGUCUAGCCCACCAACAGGUGCACUUAACUUCAGAGUCCAAGUGAGUUGCAGGUCAGGGCUGAAGUGGGUGCAGCUGACAAUCCAAAACCUUGGCAAGGCCAACUAUCCAAUUUCCCAACGUUGA